AUGGGUCAAAAAUCAACUCAUAUAGAUAAUAAUAUGAAAAAAGAAGAAUUCUCGAUUCCAUUAUGGAAAUAUGAUAAAGAAAAACAUGAAUGGAGAGAAAAACAAGAUAAUGAAAAUAAUCCAACUAUUUAUUUGGAUAAAUUUCGUGUUCUUACAUAUAAUAUAUGGUUUUCAGAUGAAUAUCAACCAAUGCGUUUUAAUAGUCUUUGUAAUAUAUUAAAUAAAUCUCAAGCUCAAAUAAUUGGUUUACAAGAAAUGACACCAAAUAUUCUUCAACAACUUUUAUCAGAAGAAUUUAUUAAAGAACGAUAUUAUUUAUCUGAUAUUGAUGGUCGAACAUUUAAUAAUUGGUAUGGUGUUGUUUUAUUAAUUGAUAUUCGUCUUAAUAUAUUUAAUUUAAAUUUGAUUAAUUUUCCUAAAUCAAUAAUGGGUCGUCGUUUAAUAUUUGGUGAAAUAAAAUUAGAUGAAAAUGAAAUAAUUCGUAUUGGUACUGUUCAUUUAGAAUCUUUAGAUAAUAAACAAGAACGAUCAUCUCAAUUAGAUAUAUGUCAAAAAAAUUUUAAUCGUUCUCCAGCAAGUUAUAUUUUAAUGGGAGAUUUUAAUUUUAGUGGUGAUGGUCAAGAAAAUAUUGAUCAAUUUAAUUUAUUACCUAAAUGGAUUGACGUUUGGACUUAUUUAAUGGGUUCAAAUAAUCAUGGUUAUACAUUUGAUACAGAAAUAAAUUCAAUGAUUAAAUUAUCUUCUAAUAGAUCACGAGACCAAUCAAGAUAUGAUAGAAUUAUUUUAUUAAGUCAAACAAUUAUUCCUACUCAAAUUGAAAUAUUAGGAAAUCAACCUAUUCAUAAUCAAGGAUCCAUUCAUCUUUUUACAUCAGAUCAUUUUGGUUUGACAGGAGUUUUUCAAAAGAAUAAAUAA